AUGGAGGGCAAGGGUCCAUACCGUAUUUAUGACCCGGGCGGGGGCCAGGGGGAGCCCCGUGAGCAGAGCUACAGGCAGCUGCUGGAGGAGAACAGUAUGCUCCGAGAGAGGAUGAAGGGCCUCAAGAGCCUGGGCGACCUGCUGGAGGAGUCCCAGUCGGAGGCGUCCCGUCUGAGGCAGAGAGUGGAGGAGCUGGUGCGGGACAACGAGGCCCUGAAGUCCAGCAGCAUCGCAGCCAGUCUGUGCACGGGAGGGGGCCCUAUGCACGCCGACAUCCUGGCUAAAGUGGGGCUCCACGCCGCUCUGGAGCAGAAGGACGACACCAUCUGUUUGGGGAAAACCCUGCAGCCCGAGAAGCCCAUCGAGGCCUUAUCAGAGUUUGAAGUGGAGGGCAAGCCGGCAGACGCCUUAACCGCUGGCUCUGUCGUCCCUCUGAUCCCUCAGGAGAACCUGGAGCUGGCCUCUCAGCUCAAGCGCCUGGAGAGCUCCUUCAGUGUGUUCGCCGAGGAGUCCAACCCCAACCAGCUGCUGGCCCACCUGGGACGCAUGGCUGUGGAGUUCCACCACCUGUCCUCCAAGGUGCAGAAGAACGAGCAGAGGACCUCCCUGCUGCAGACGUUGUGCGAGCAGCUGAGGCAGGAGAACAAUGAGCUCCGUAAGAAAAUGGAGGAGGACCACCACAUCCGGAACAGGGACUUGGAUCAGCUCAGGUCUGCCCAGACUCUCUCACUGAGGCUAGGACAGGAGAACCAAAAGCUGAAGGAGCUGGUGACUGGAGGAACGGCCCCGGUCCCGGUCCCGGUCCUGGUCCCAGCAGCAGUGGAGAUGGGAGAAGCCAAAGAGGAGCCAGUGAGGGAUGAGUGCACAGCGGUCCGGGUGAAGAUGGAGGCCAGCACACCGCAGAAGAGCGGUAAAGCAGCAGAGAAAACACCCACCAAACAUUGUGACGUCGAGACCUACGAGAAGAAGAUCAAGCUGCUGGAGAAGCAGAGGAAAGACGUUUUGGAGGUGAACAAACAGUGGGACAUUCAGUGGAACGCCAUGAAGUCCCAGUUUGAACAGAAGAUCACAGACCUGCGGCAGCGUCUGGCCGACUCCCAGAAGACCGUCAUGGAACUGGAGGCCGAGAGGGAGCAGAGGCAGAGAGACUACGACAAGAAACUACUGCUGGCCAAGUCCAAGAUCGAAAACGUCCAGGGGGAGAAGGAGUGCCUGAGCACAGAGACCACAGAGCUGAAGCAGAAAGUCCGCUACCUCCAGGACCAGCUUCUGCCACUCAGCAAGCAGAGGGAGUACCAGGAGAAGGAGAUCCAGAGACUCAACCGGGCGUUAGAGGAGGCCCUGAACCUGCACCCGCCCUCCUCCUCCCAGCAGCCUCCAGCACAGAGCAACUUCAGCGACGCAGCCAACAACCUGAAGAAGCAAGAGCUGCUCACUCAGAUACAAGUGCUGAAGGAGCAGAUACAAGUGCUGAAGGAGCAGGUAACACACACUACACAACCACUACACACUCAGAUACAAGUGCUGAAGGAGCAGGUGAAGAUCUUUGAGGAGGACUUCAGGAAAGAGCGCAGUGACCGCGAACGCAUGAACGAAGAGAAAGAGGAUCUGAGGAGGCAGGUGGAGCGGCUACAGGGUCAAAUCACCAACCUGACCAAUCAGCUGCAUCAGGCUCAGAACGAGUGUCAGCGAGAGAGGAGCGAGCGCUGCAAACUGGAGCGUCUGCAGAUGCAGCACCACAAACAGGGGCAGACUCAGGACAGACGUGACCCCCCCGCCCCCCUCAGCCCGCCCUACUACGGCCCCUUUAUGCAGGUGCAAGGGCAGGGGCUGGAGGCGUGGCCUGUUCACCUCCCCCCGCGGAUCGCCAUGGCAACCGGGCCUACAGCCGCCCCGCCCCCUGCCCGGGACUACCUGCCCAACGCCCCGGGUUUCCCGUGGCAGUCGUCCUUCUCUCAGCCCAGAGGAGCUCGCGCUGUGGGAGAGAGCAUACGGCCGCCUCCAGAGAACGCAGAGGCCUCCGCGGCGCCCCCUGCUGCUCCUCCUCCCGCGGCCUUCUCCAAACGGGAGCGUCAGGCGGCGGACCCCGGGAAGCACUGA